AAGCAGCCAAGCUGCAGACCUUCUGGUCCUGACGAUGUUUCGCAAGAAAAAGAAGAAGAGGCCGGAGAUAUCAGCGCCCAAAAACUUUGAGCACCGCGUCCACACCUCGUUUGACGCCCAGCGCGGCUGCUUUGUGGGCCUGCCCACGCAAUGGCAGAGCCUGAUAGAAAACCUGCGCAGGCCAAAGCCCAUGGUGGACCCCUCCAGGAUCACAGAGGUGGAGCUGAGGCCAAAGAAGAGGUGCCACAGUGGGUGAGAUGUCACCUGACCUCCACCUCCUCCACCAUGAGGACUUAAGGAAGAGAAAGAAGAGAGGCUGUUGACUGACGGGAAGCUGAACAUGACCCCGCUCUGACUAAAACUCCACCAUGCACUCACUCUUAAGCUAUUCUGGCAAAACAUCUAAACUUUGUUUUAUUCCAGGGCAAGAGAGGUCCUCUGUGUGCCUGCCAACUGUUCAUACCAUUUAAAAGGUCUAAAAAGCUGUCAUGACAUGAAAGCUCCUGCUUCUGUCUUUGCUUGGCACAUUAGUCAGGGUAUUGUUAGAAUGAGCCACCGAGGAGGGGAAUUAAAGACAUUGUCUUAGAAAAAUGACAAAAUGUCCUUUUCACAUUCGCAUGUCUAAAUUUAAAUCGCCUCUGAGCUACGAUUAUGUCACUUUUAUCAUCUCCAUCCGUCAGAAAUCUCCUCAUUUCAUAAUCAUGUCAUGCAGACUGUAAUGAAGAUGAACGCCUCUUCCCUUUCAGACUAUCGUGCGUGGAAGCAUGAUCGGCCACGGGGAGUACAUCUCAGCCAUGAUCAACGACAUGAGCCGCCUUUCUGUGACCAGUUCCAACUCCUUGCGGAAGAGUAGUCCCUCAGCCAGGAAGAGAGCCCAGUCUCUGGGAAGACUGGGGGAGGUGAACGAAGGAGAUGGUUACCAGUACGAGGGCCUGACGCAGGAUGAUGAUGAGGAUGAUCAGGAGCACUGGAGGGACAAAACCAGGAACAUUCACAGUGAGACUAACACUCCAUACUUGGGAAUGAAGAAGAGCAUCACUCUGCAGCCCAAUGGGAUCUUGCCAAAGGCUAAAUCAACAUAUGAGGUCGGAGUUAGCUCCAUGGAGGGACCCUCGCGGCCUGCUCAGUCCCAGAACAUCCCAGCUAGUCACGGGCCUUACAUGAGCGGAGAGAUGGGCAGUCCUCAAGAGAGACUAAUAUGGAAAAGAGACUUCCAGCUGCCUGGAGGAAUGCCACCAAAUCAGAGACACAUAGCUUGUUUUUACAGCCCUGCUGUGGCUGUGCAGCAGCUCCACCGAGACCAAGGAACUAUCACAACAGAGCUCCGACCCAACGCGCCACUGUACAUGCACCCUCACAACAGCCCGGGAAGGCCCUUCUCCUCAUACGACCUUAAAGCAGAGUCCGUGGUGAGAUACCACUCCGGUUUCCUGCCGACCGGCACCAGCAGUCCUCUUGUUGGAGGAAUUAGACCUCAGCGGAUGGUGCGCUCCUCUGCAAGCUACACUCUGGGUCUGUCACCUAACAUGGGGUUGAGGCCCGGUGGACCAGACCCUUUCCUCAGACAUUCAGGAUGCCCCAACCCUCCAUAUCCCCGACAGGACAGUCCCUCCCAACCUCGACCUUCUCCCACAGGCUCAUUAGCAACCAGUCCUCCAGGCACCUGCUCCCCAGCCUUCAGACCGCCACAGCAUCCUGCACCCAGACCACCUCCUGACCCUCCGAAGGUGACACACGAACAGUUUAAAGCAGCCCUGCAGAUGGUGGUGGAUAAGGGCGAUCCACGGACUUACUUGGAGAACUUUGCCAAGAUUGGAGAGGGGUCAACAGGGGUGGUGUGUAUCGCCACAGAAAAGCACACUGGAAGGCAAGUGGCAGUGAAGAUGAUGGACCUGCGCCGGCAGCAGAGGAGAGAGUUGCUCUUUAAUGAGGUGGUCAUCAUGAGGGACUAUCAGCACAAGAAUGUGGUGGAGAUGUUCAAGUCUGCCCUGGUUGAAGAAGAAUUGUGGGUAAUCAUGGAGUACCUGCAGGGUGGAGCACUAACCAACAUCGUGUCUGAAACCAGGCUGACUGAGGAGCAGAUUGCCACAGUGUGUGAAGCUGUUCUGCAAGCCCUGGCCUAUCUCCAUUCACAGGGAGUCAUUCACAGAGACAUCAAGAGUGACUCCAUACUACUCACUUUAGACGGAAGAGUGAAGCUUUCAGACUUUGGCUUCUGUGCCCAGAUCAGUAAGGACAUCCCCAAGAGGAAGUCUCUGGUAGGGACGCCCUACUGGAUGGCUCCUGAGGUCAUUUCCAAGUCACCAUAUGGCACCGAGGUUGAUGUGUGGUCAAUGGGCAUCAUGGUGGUGGAGAUGGUGGACGGGGAGCCCCCGUACUUCAGUGAAAUGCCUGUAGCAGCAAUGAAGAGGCUGAGGGACGAGCCGGCUCCGACGGUUCGAAGUGUCAGCCAGAUAUCUCCUGUUCUCAAAGACUUCCUGGAUCGAAUGCUGACUCGGGAUCCCUUGGAGCGGGCCAGCGCCACUGACUUACUGGAGCACCCCUUCCUGCUGCAGACUGGCUCACCUCAGUGCCUGGUCCCGCUGGUGGAACAGUACCGAAAACGCAUGUCCCGCUGCUGACCCACUGGGGCUCACGGGCCCAGACUUCAGCCUGCCUAUCUCAGGCCUCCAGGGAGGACAGCACUGGGUUCCAGCUCUCCCAUACGACCCAGGCAACUGGGCCAUCAGCUCAGAGACGCAGACCCAGGCGGCAUUCUGCCAAUGUCACGGUGGCAAGUUCGGUUGACAGAAAUGAUGUCAUGGUCUUGGCGAUGCAAGAAGCACUUUAGGAGUGAGUUAAAGGCAGCAUGCAAGCGCUCGCCUCUCAGCUCGGUUUGAUCAGAUGAAUAAUUGGCUUCCUUUGACCUUCAGUGAGAAUCAACGUCUGCACAACAUGGUGGCAUCACUCUUCCAAACCUACUCUAAACAUCCUUUACAGUGUUCCCAGUGGGCAUUAUUGCUAGCUAAAACACAGUAGCUCAUUGUGACAGAAUAAAAUUACCUCUACACACUCCGUUGUGGAAAUU